CAUCAGGCCUGGCGCCCUACGGGCCGUCCCGCCCUUGUCCUUGGGCGGCCAUGGCGGGGUUGGCAGGCCGGCUCGCCAGGCGCUGGUGCUCCGGACUUCUCCGCAGUGUGUGCUUAAAAAGGACUCAGCUGGCCACGCUUGCGGUCCCCACUCUUCUGCUGGCUCUUUAGACUCGUGGAGGUGAGGACUGAGCGUGUCUGCUCAGUGAGCGUCACAGCCUAGCAUCCAGGCCAGCCCCACGCAGGUCCCAGCCCUUGGGCUGCACGCGCGCAGCCCCGCCAUGCGAACCAGCCAGAAGGACUUUAACAACGCAGUGAACCAGGUGAAGCUCCUGAAGGAGGAUCCGGGCAAUGAAGUGAAGCUGAAACUCUACGCACUCUACAAGCAGGCCACUGAAGGACCCUGUAACGUGCCCAAACCAGGUAUGCUGGACUUUAUCAAUAAGACCAAAUGGGAUGCAUGGAAUGCUCUUGGCAGUCUGUCCAAGGAAGCUGCCCAACGGAAGUACGUGGACUUGGUGUCCAGUCUGAGCGCCGCCUCCGAGUCCCCCAGCCCAAAGGCACCUGCAGCAGACAGGAAGCAACCGGAAGGCGACAGCCUGGUGGUGACCUCCGAAGACGGCAUCACCACCAUCAGGCUGAACCGUCCAACCAAAAAAAACGCUCUCACCACUCAGAUGUAUCAUGACAUCAUAGCUGCACUUCAGGCUGCAAGCAAGGAUGAGUCAGCCAUAACUGUUUUAACAGGCAGCGGGAACUACUACUGCAGCGGGAACGACCUGACCAACUUCACGCAGCUGCCCGCCGGUGGGCCGGAGGAGAUGGCCAGGAGUGGGGAGGUCCUCCUGAGGGAUUUCGUCGACUGUUUAAUAGAUUUCCCGAAGCCUCUGGUGGCCGUGGUCAAUGGGCCGGCCGUGGGGAUCUCCGUCACCAUCCUCGGGCUGUUUGACGUCGUGUACGCGACCGACAGGGCAACCUUUCACACCCCGUUCAGUCACCUGGGCCAGAGUCCGGAAGGCUGUUCCUCUUACACUUUUCCCAAGAUAAUGGGCUCAAGCAAGGCGGCAGAGAUGCUCCUUUUUGGGAAGAAGUUAACAGCCCAGGAAGCGUGUGCCCAAGGACUCGUUACCGAAGUUUUUCCUGAUGGCACUUUUCAGAAAGAAGUUUGGGCCAGGCUGAAAGCAUAUUCAAAGCUCCCCCCAAAUGCCAUGAGAAUUUCCAAGCAGAUCAUCAGAAACCGGGAGAAAGAAAAGUUGCACGCGGUCAACGCGGAAGAAAGCAGCGUCCUGAGGGAGAGGUGGCUGUCGGACGAGUGCAUGAAUGCCGUCGCGAGCUUCCUGUCCAGGAAGGCGAAGCUCUGAUGCCGGCGCGGCCUCGCCGGCGCCUCCGGGGAAGCGUCGUCCCGCGGCUCCGGCUGUCGGCCCCCGCGCCCAAUAAAGCUCGCCUUCCUUUGGCGCUCAGAUA